AUGCCGAUAGAUGUCCAAAGGUUAGACAGCUUUAGCAUCGGUGAUGAUCCUAAAUCAGUGGGUACAAGAUGGAAAAAGUGGAUAGGCAGCUUCCAAAUUUAUUUAGAAGCACUAGGGAAAAUAAACGAAAAGCAGCAGAAGGCUUUGUUACUUCAUACUGCAGGUUUAGAAGUUCAGGAAGUAUUCAAUACUUUGAAUCUAACAGGUGAUUCAUUGCAGGACGCAAUUGAAGGGCUUACAAAUUAUUUUGCUCCUCAAGCAAAUAAAUACUUUGAACGUUAUCAGUUCAUAGAAGCAUCACAGGAAUCAGGUAAGACUCAUAAUAACAGCAGUAGUCAGGUAAAUCAUGUAGCCUAUAAAAGUUGUUACCAACAUGCAAAGAAAGGGCAAACAAAUGGAACGAGUAAGCCUAGCCCAGGUAUAUCCAAGUAUAACAAGGGUAAACCUAAUGCAUACUCACAGAAAAGUCAAAGUCACAUAGGGACACAAAAACCUCAAAAGAAAUCGUGCUUUAGAUGUGGUAAACAAGAUCAUUAUAGCAAUGAUUGGGAUAAGUGCCCAGCGUCAGGUCAGACGUGCAAUAACUGCAGGAAGCGUGGUCAUUUAACAAGUCAGUGUAAAUUUGCUAAGCAAAAGACCACAAAACAGAUCAAUAGAACCGUAGAUUCAAAUGACGGCUUUAGCUCAAAUGAAGAAAGUGUACAUAAGACCACAGAAGUAGAACAAUUUGCAUUUCACAUUAAUUCUGUGAACAAAGAUGCACAAGAACGUCUUAUGGCUCAGAUAGAAAUAAAUGGGAAACUCACACCCAUGCAAAUAGACACAGCUGCAGAUGUGACAAUAAUUUCUGAAAGAAUAGCACAAACGGUACCUAACCUAGUGAUAAGACCUUCAGACAAAGUGCUCAAAAUUUAUAAUGGUACAAACAUAGAGGUAGUUGGUUCAUCACAAGUGAAAGUUCAGUACAAAGAUCAAGAGAUAGGUAAGUUACCAUUGACAAUAGUCAAGGGGCAAGGACAGACAUUAUUAGGUUUAGAUUGGUUAAGAUGCAUAAAAUUAGAUUGGCCUAGUGUUCUAAGGGUUACAGAUACAAAACAAGAACCAGCAGAAGAAAUUUCAUUAACUAAUCUCCUAUCAGAUUACAAAGAAGUAUUUGAAGACAGAGUAGGAACAGUAAAGAAUGCACAAGCAGUCUUAGUUUUAAAGGAGAAUGCUACUCCUAGAUUUUCUGCUCCAAGACCAGUUCCAUAUGCAUUGAAAACAGCUGUGGAAACUGAAAUUAGAAGGUUAGAAAGUGAAGGUUCAUGGGAAAAGGUAGAUUAUUCAGAUUGGUCUACACCUUUAGUUCCAAUUGUUAAGGACAAUGGUCAAGUUAGGUUAUGUGGAGAUUACAAGGUGACAUUAAAUCCACAAUUGCAAGUAGCACAACAUCCAUUGCCAAAUCCUAAAGAUAUGUUCGCAACUUUGUCAGGAUGCUCAGUAUUUUCUAAGAUAGAUCUUAGACAAGCAUUUCAACAACUAUCCAUGGAUGAAAAUUCCCAAAAGCUAUGUAUGUCAGGAGUAUUCAUUUUCAUUGAUGACAUAUUAGUCACUGGCAAAAACAAAAAAGAGCAUAGAGAAAGGUUACGUGCAGUUCUAAAGAAACUAAAGGAACACAAUAUCAAGGUCAACCAGAGUAAAUGUAUUUUAGAAGUUGACUCGGUAGAGUAUUUAGGCUUUAUUGUAAAUGGUAAAGGUAUUCAUAAGACUCAAGAUAAGGUAAAUGCAGUGCAGUCAGCAAAGUUACCAGAAAAUGUCAAGGAAUUGCAAUCAUUUUUAGGUUUAGUAACAUUCUAUGGUAGUUUCAUUCAAAACUUAGCGACAAUUGCACACCCAUUGUACAAUUUGCUGAACAAAGAUGUAAAAUGGAAUUGGACAAAGGAAUGUCAAAAUGCUUUUGAAAGAAUCAAAGCAGAAGUGACAUCACCCACAUUCUUAGUACAUUAUCAAAUGGAUUUGCCAGUAAAGUUGGUUUGUGACGCCUCAAACAUAGGAUUAGGUGCAGUACUAGCACAUGUAAUGCCAGAUGGUACAGAAAAACCAAUAGCUUUUGCCUCUAGAGUAUUGAACAAAGCAGAGAGAAAUUACUCACAAAUAGAAAAGGAAGCAUUAGCACUAGUGUAUGGAGUGAAAAAGUUCCAUAUGUAUCUGUAUGGCAGGAAAAGGUUCACAUUAGUUACAGACCACAAACCUUUAUUGAUGAUUUUAGGUCCAAAGGCAAGUUUACCGACGUUAGUAGCUGCAAGACUACAACGUAGGGCAAUCAUAUUAGCGGCAUAUGAUUACAACAUAGAAUAUAGACCAACAUCUAAGAUGGGUAAUGCAGACGCUUUGUCGAGAUUGCCUGUAGACAAAGCACCAGAGCAAUAUGAGGAAAGUAUUCUUUUGAUUUCUGCAUAUAAUUCACCUAUUACAGCUAAGGAAAUAGCACAAGGUACAAAGAAAGACCCCGUACUUUCAAAAGUAGUGCAGAGUCUAAUAACCGGCAGAGAUAUUUGUGCAGAAGAUGCCAAUUGUAAACCAUACAAAGAAAUUUGGAAUGAAUUGAGUGUAACACAAGAAUGUAUUUUGAGAGGAUCAAGAGUAGUGAUUCCAAAUGCAUUAAGAAAUAGAGUUCUAUCAGAAAUUCAUGCAGACCACCAAGGUAUUGUCAGAUCAAAGUCAAUUGCUAGAACUUAUGUUUGGUGGACAGGUGUUGAUAGGGACAUUGAAAAUUUGGUUAAGAAGUGUAUGAAUUGUGCAUUACAACAAAACAAUCCAAUACCAACACGAAUGCACCCAUGGGAAUUACCCAGAUACCCGUGGCAACGUGUACAUAUAGAUUUUGCAGGUCCAUUUUUGGGAUACUCAUAUCUGAUAUUAGUAGAUGCAUAUAGUAAGUGGCCAGAAGUUAUACCAAUGCAAACAACUUCAUCGGUAGCAACUAUAAGAUCACUCAUGCAAAUCUUUUCAACGCAUGGUUUGCCAGAAAGAAUAGUGACAGACAAUGGCCCACAGUUUACUUCACAGGAGUUUAUGGAUUUUCUGAAUCAUCCAUCCACGAAUGGUGAAGCAGAAAGAUUUGUUCAAACUUUCAAACAUAAUAUGAAGUGUAGACAAGCAAACUCUGGUAAUGUAGCAUCUCACAUUGCAAAGUUCCUAUUAUCCUAUAGAACAACCGUGCAUAAUACUACGGGUAUAACACCAUCUUAUUUGUUGAUGGGGAGGAGGAUCAGGAAUAAGUUAGAUCUAAUGUAUCCAAGCUUGCAGAGUCAGUUAGAACAGAAAGGUUAUGAUCAAGUAAAAAAACUUCCCAAUGUAAGACAUUUUGCUCCUUCAGGUUAUGUCAUGGUAAGGUCAUACAAUACACCAGAAAAAUGGGUACAAGGAGAAAUUGUCAGGAAGAUAGGUAAUUUACAUUAUGAUGUUAAUGUCGGUGGAAAGAUUGUAAAACGUCAUGUUGAUCAGUUGCAGUCAUUUGGUACAAAUCAUACAGAAGUAAAAGUUUCGAAUACCUCAGACUUAAAUAACUCAGAUGUGCAAACUGCUCACCAAGAUGUUCAAAAUCAUGCAACAGCUCAGAACACACCUACAGUACUCCCUAACAGAAUGAGUAGAGGAAAACCACCUGAAAGAUUAGAUUUGUAA